AUGGCAUUUGAUUUCGACCGUUUCCUGGUUAAGGAACAAGCGGCCAGAAAGAUCGGCGCCGCGGCUGUAAAAGUGGCCACUUUCCAGUUUUACCCAUCAAUUUCCUGUUGGUGGGGCAAGGCGUAUAAUCAAGAUCAAGUAGGUUGGGGCCAAGCCAGUCUUGAUCCCGCAACGUCAAAAACUACCCAGGUAAACCUUAAUGUUUUGUAA